AUGCAGAGAGGUCCAAGACUGAUUCCUGAUGUAGAUCAGAGGUGGCUCGACGAUGCAAUUGAUGUAUUGGAGGACAGGGGCCGAAGCUGCAGUGGGAGGGGUGUUGGUCGACGUAGAGCUCGACAUGGAAGGAGAGGUAGAAAUGAUGAUGAGGAUGGUGGGGACAACGAUAGUGAUGGUGACGAUGAUGUUGGAGGUGAUGGCGACGAUGACGGUGGAGAUGAAUGUGGUGGCGGAGGACAUGAUGGUGGAGAUGCUGGUGGGCUGGGUGGUGGGUAUGGAGGAGGUGGUGGGGGCCCUAAUGGCAGACACGAUGGAAGGAUGGGUGGGAAUUAUGGAGGAGGUGAGGGCGGUUCAGGUGGUGUAGGAAAUGUUAGUGUAGAUUGUUAUGGUGAUGGUAUAAAGUCUGGUUAUGGAGGUGACAAGGAUGGUGGUGGAGGGUUUGGUGAUUAUUUUGUCAGGGUUCUCAGCAGCGAUGAAGCGGUAUACGAGAGUUAG